AUGGAUGACCUUUACGACGAGUUCGGAAAUUAUAUUGGAGGAGAGAAAGAGUCCGAGGAAGAAUCACAGCAUGGUGAUGCCCAGGCCCCGCAGUUCGAUUAUGAUCUUGAAUCAGAGGUGGAAGCGCCGGCUGCCCAUGGCCAGGAGUUAAUGGAGAUAGAUGAUCAAGGUCCAUCCAAUGCAGUGAUUCUUCACGAGGAUAAACAGUACUAUCCAACGGCGCAACAAGUUUACGGCGCAGAUGUCGAGACAAAAGUACAAGAAGAGGAUACGCAACCCUUGUCGCAACCGAUUGUAGCACCAAUCCAACAGAAGAAAUUCGCUGUCCAGGAAGCGGAUCUGCCCCCCGUUUUCUAUUCCCGAGAGUUUAUGACAGAUUUGUUAAACUAUCCCGACCAGACACGAAAUAUUGCGCUUGCCGGCCAUCUACACCAUGGCAAAACUGCUUUCAUGGACACUCUGGUUAUGGAGACACAUGAUAUCGCAAAUAAGCUUGACAAACGGAUUGGUAAAUCGAAAGAUGAGCAGCUCCGAUAUACAGACGUGCACUUCUUAGAGAGAGAGCGCGGGUUGUCGAUUAAGUCGGCUCCGAUGAGUCUAGUUUUGCAAGGCACGAAAGGAAAGUCUCAUCUUUUCAACAUAAUAGAUACCCCCGGCCAUGUCAACUUUGUGGAUGAAGUUGCUGCAUCGCUGAGACUGGUAGACGGUGUGGUUCUGGUGGUGGAUGUUGUCGAAGGUGUUCAGAUUAACACCGAACAAAUCAUCAAAUACGCUGUAUUAGAGGAUCUCCCGCUCACAUUGAUCAUUAACAAAGUGGAUCGACUCAUACUAGAGCUCAAGCUACCCCCUACAGACGCCUACUUUAAAUUGAAACAUGUGGUGGAAGAAGUGAACACCGUCAUUGAGAAAACGAUACCAGGACAAGGUGAGAAGAGAAGGCUGAGCCCUGAAAAGGGUAACGUUGCGUUUGCGUGUUCCUCGAUGAACUGGUGUUUCACUCUCCAAUCAUUUGCAAAAAUGUACGCCGACACAUAUGCGAAGGUUGAUCUCUCAGAAUUUGCAGUCAGACUAUGGGGUGACAUCUUCUUCAACCCCCGAAGCCGAAAAUUCACACGCAAAGGCAUGGAGGAACAAUCGAAGCGAUCCUUCGUCCACUUUGUCCUUGAACCUAUCUACAAACUUUAUUCUCAUACUAUCAGUGAGAGCCCGGAAGACUUGAAGGAGACCCUAGCAACACUUGGAAUCAAUUUGAAGCCUACCCAGCUAAAGACUGAUGCUCGUGUGUUGUUAAAGUUAGUGUGCGCGCAAUUCUUUGGUCCUGUUACUGGAUUCGUCGACAUGGUUGUCCAGCACAUUCCAUCCCCAGUCGAAGGGGCUAGCAAGAAGCUGGACAAGUACUAUACGGGGCCACGGGAUACGAAAGUUGCUGCAGCCAUGGCUGCCUGUGAUCAAGACGGCCCAUUGGUGGUACAUGUCACUAAAUUAUACGGAACGCCAGAUGCUUCCGGGUUCAAUGCCUUUGGGCGGAUCAUGAGUGGAACCGCGAGGGCAGGCCAGCAAGUGAGAGUUCUAGGUGAAGGGUAUACCAUUGACGACAAUGAAGACAUGGUUGUAGCAACCAUUUCGGAAACUUUUAUUGCUGAAUCCCGGUAUAACAUUCCUACGAGUGGUGUUCCUGCCGGUAACUGGGUGCUUCUUAGUGGAGUCGACAAUUCUAUUAUCAAGACGGCGACACUUGUUCCUUUGGCUCUAGAAGACGACGAAGAAGCAUAUAUUUUCAAGCCUAUUAAACAUAUGACGGAAUCCGUUUUCAAAGUUGCCGUUGAACCUAUCAAUCCUUCCGAGCUACCCAAGAUGCUUGAGGGACUCCGAAAGGUCAACAAGAGCUACCCUUUGAUUUCGACCAGGGUUGAGGAAUCAGGUGAACACAUCGCGCUUGGGACAGGAGAGCUCUAUAUGGACUGUGUUUUGCAUGAUCUUCGUCGACUAUACGCGGAGAUGGAACUUAAGGUAUCUGAUCCAGUCACGAGAUUCUGUGAGACUGUUGUAGAAACUUCUGCAAUUAUGUGCUAUUCCAUCACCGCAAACACGAAAAACAAAAUUACCAUGAUUGCCGAACCUCUUGACGAUGGUAUCAGUGAGGAUAUUGAGAGUGGGCGAGUUAACAUCCAUGAUCCAAUCCGAAAAGUUGGCCAGUUCUUCGAAGAGAAAUAUGAUUGGGAUAAGCUAGCUUCGAGGAGUAUCUGGGCAUUUGGUCCCGAUGAUAUGGGCCCCAAUAUUCUUCAAGAUGACACUUUACCUUCUCAGGUGGAUAAGAAGUUACUCGGAUCGGUGCGGGAUUUCGUCCGUCAGGCUUUCAACUGGGGCACGAGGGAAGGCCCAUUAUGCGAAGAACCCAUCCGAAACACCAAAUUCCGCCUAACAGAUAUCUCCUUGGCUGAUCAAGCCUUCUAUCGAGGCGGCGGGCAAAUUAUCCCUGCCACUCGUCGCGUUGUUUACUCCUCCUUUUUAAUGGCCUCCCCCCGAUUGAUGGAGCCAAUUUAUACAUGCGCCAUGACGGGCCCCCCCGAUUCAGUCGCCGCCAUCUACACUGUUCUCUCCCGACGACGUGGACACGUCUUAUCCGAUGGUCCGAUCGCGGGUACCCCCCUCUACUCCGUACGCGGUCUUAUUCCAGUCAUCGACUCAUUUGGUUUCGAGACCGAUCUUCGAAUACAUACCCAAGGCCAAGCCACCGUCAGUCUAGUAUUUGACAAAUGGAGCGUGGUACCAGGAGACCCGCUAGAUAGAGAUAUAAAGCUCCGACCGUUGGAUAUGGCUAGCGCCAUGGCCACUGCGAGAGACUUCGUACUGAAAACUCGCCGAAGAAAGGGCCUUGCGGAGGAUAUUACCGUUAGCAAGUUUUUGGAACCGGAGCUUUGGAAAGGGCUAAAGGAAAGCGGAGUCCUAGGCGAAACAUGA